UGCUUAUGAGCUCUGUUUUUCCUGGACCAAGAUUUGUGUCCUUGUUGAAUCAGAACUCGAAAACUCUGUUUCAGGCUAAGCAAAUCCAUGCUCAACUGAUAAUCAAUGGCUGCCAAGAUAAUUCUCUUUUCGGCAAGCUUAUAGGCCAAUACUGUUCAAAGCCAUCGACAGAAAGCUCCAAGCUUACUCAUUUGCUGGUGUUUCCUCGAUUUGGCCAUCCUGACAAGUUUCUCUUCAACACAUUGCUUAAAUGUAGCAAACCAGAGGACUCAAUUCGAAUUUUCACCAGCUGGGCAUCAAAAAGUUCGUUGCUUUAUCUCAAUGAGCGCACGUUUGUCUUCGUUCUUGGCGCUUGUGCUAGGUCAGCUUCGUCGUCAGCGUUACGGGUUGGUAGAAUUGUUCAUGGUAUGGUGAAAAAGCUUGGAUUUCUCUAUGAAUCUGAGCUGAUUGGAACCACUUUACUCCAUUUCUACGCUAAGAAUGGGGAUUUACGUUACGCGAGGAAGGUGUUUGAUGAAAUACCUGAGAGAACCUGUGUUACAUGGAACGCAAUGAUCGGUGGAUAUUGUUCACAUAAGGACAAAGGGAAUCACAAUGCUAGAAAGGCUAUGAUUUUGUUUCGGAGGUUCUCUUGCUGCGGUAAUGGAGUUAGACCUACUGAUACAACCAUGGUUUGUGUUCUUUCAGCCAUUUCUCAGACGGGUUUGCUCGAAAUUGGUUGUCUAGUUCAUGGUUACAUAGAAAAACUCGGUUUCACUCCUGAAGUUGAUGUCUUCAUUGGUACUGGACUUGUCGACAUGUACUCAAAGUGCGGGUGCUUAAAUAGCGCCUUCUCUGUGUUUGAGUUAAUGAAAGUGAAGAAUGUCUUGACAUGGACUUCACUGGCAACAGGGCUAGCUCUCAAUGGAAGAGGAAACGAAACACAAAAUCUUCUAAACCGAAUGGCGGAAUCUGGGAUCAAACCAAACGAGAUAACUUUCACUAGCUUGCUAUCUGCUUAUCGUCAUAUAGGUCUUGUUCAAGAAGGAAUCGAGCUGUUCAUAAGCAUGAAGACAAGAUUUGGUAUCACACCGGUGAUUCAACACUACGGAUGCAUUGUAGAUCUUCUUGGUAAAACAGGGCGGAUACAAGAAGCUUAUGAUUUUGUUUUAGCUAUGCCUAUAAAACCAGACGCUAUCUUGUUAAGAAGUCUCUGCAAUGCGUGCAGCAUUUAUGGAGAGACUGUAAUGGGUGAAGAGAUCGGAAAGGCUCUCCUCGAGAUAGAACAAGAGGAGAAGAAGAAGUUUUCGUUUUCAAGUUCUGAAUGUGAAGAUUAUGUAGCUUUAUCGAAUGUGUUAGCUCAUAAAGGGAAAUGGUUAGAGGUAGAGAAGCUGAGGAACGAGAUGAAAGAAAGAAGAAUAAAAACAAGACCAGGUUUCAGUUUUGUUUAAAAUAGCUUGUUACAGGUCAGGA